AUGCAGCAGCCGGCUAUGCCCAACGGCGGUGCAUUCGGCCAUGGACCGGUUCGCCAAUCCGCAUCACCGGCUAUGCUGGCGAACCAUCUGAAUGGGAACGGCCCCCGUCCUGCUACCGCUUCACAUUCUCCCGCUUUCCCUGCGCCGUCGCAACCAGCUGCGGCUCCCAAGCAAACGCCAGUGCCUGUUCCUGUACCAGGUGCUGCUGCGAAUGGAGUCAAGCCCCCUGUUGUUCCGAUCGUCACCUCUGAUGUUCAGCAAGGAACUCAGUCAGCGCCAGCUGAACAUACGAGUAACGUGGACAAAAAUAAUAGAUUCCAUGACGACUAUGCUCGGCUAUCCGCUGCCAUCCAAGAAUCAGAUCCGGAUGCCAUGAACGUCGCCAUGCACCAAGCCGACGUGGGAAUCUUCCAGAGAGCCGUCAGGGACUUUGGCGCAAGGUUCCUAGAGGCUGGCAAGCACGAGCUUGUCAAUGCCAUGACCACGGCUGACAUCGAUGAGGUGGCGGAUAAGAUUCUCGCCAAAGCCUCCGACACAUUCCUCGAUAGGGCUCUCGUAGCUCGUCUGCCCACUAUCCAGGCACGCCGACUUGUUAAUGCCCUGGCGCGAGCGGAGAGGCUUGGGUACGAUGCUGCGGACAUUGUCGAGAAUGAACAUGUCAUCCCCUCCUUGCCUGGAAACGCUCCUGCAGCUCCGGCCCAACAACAACAGCACCUGCAGCAACAGCAACAGCAGCACCAGCAGCUACAACAGCAACAUCAAGUUGCCCUCGCGCGCACGAACUCCUUCAAGAGCGUCAACCAAAAGCCAGAGCUCCCCGUGCAACCCCUGGAGCCAGCGGACCCUGCCAACCCACAGUGCCUGUAUUGUCAUAGGACUUUUCCUGGAGUAUCCGCCUACCAACAUCAUGUUAAGAAGAAGAUCUGUGUCAAGACGUCUCCGCUGUCAAGAUCGACUAGUGAGGCGUACAUGUGCCCUCACUGCGCGCAAAGAUUCGGCGGCAUGGCUGGCUUGCAGUACCACAUGCUGAAUAAGGUGUGCGGCGACUUUGGCGAAGUCAUCAAGGAUGAUAUCGCUUCCAUUCCAAAAGCGUCCCUGCCGCCGCCUGUUCUCAAUCCUCCUGUGAAGCGACCAGCUCCCGAUAGCACCCCGAUGUACGUCGCGUCUGGGAGCAACAGCCCGGCAUACUCGAACACCCAAACCCCUCGCGCUCCUUCCAGCUCUCAAGCGGUUGAUCUCUCGAAUGCUCCAUUGGGCACCCCUCAGCACAAGGAUAUGGCCCACCUUACAGUACAUCAAAUUGAGGCACUGAAGGCCGAAUUGCAAUCAGCCGAAGAGGGAUUCAAGAUGAAAAUUGAAGCUGCGCAGAAAGCCGGUGGUGACCCGGACGAACUGCAAAAGAAGCUGGCGGGAUUCAAAAAUUCGUACGCAUGCAAGCAGUCCACGAUCCGCAAGAAGUACGGCAUCAAGCUGCGCCAGCGACGUAAUCGCGAGGAGAUGGAGGCGGAACGCCAGCGUAUGGGUAUACCUGAUGGCGUACCGCGUACGAUCGCUACGCCAAGUAAGGAUGGCCAUGCCGACAAGCGAGCUCGCCUCAAUGGCAAUGGUGAUGCGUCGGCGAUGCAGACUCCGCGGGACCUCACACCAAUCCAGACUGUCGCUGUAACGGACAUGGCCAACGGCCUCAACGGGUCCAACGCGACAGCUGCAACACAAGAUCCAACGGCGAGCAUGAGCAUGUCGCAGCCGCCUACAUCCACACAGCCGAUGGCAAGCCGGCCGCCGCCGUCAACAUAUCAUCAAGGCAACUACAGAGUUGAGGUGCACGUCCCAAGCCUGUCGAAGAAGGUCGGGUCUGCUGUUCCGGACGAAAGCUCGAUGGACACCACGCCGUCGAGGCCGUCGUCUAAUGGUGGGAUGACGGCCGAGCAGCUUCUCAAGCAAGUUAGGGGCGAUGCCAGAGCCCCUAUUGACUUGGACGAUGUCGAGAGCUCCUCCGAAUCAGACUCUAGCUCUGACGAAGAAGAGUGA